UCCUUCUCCUCCUCCAGCUGUUUGUGUUGAUUUCCUGGUCAGCUGAUUCAGACGGAGCAAAGAUAGGAAGCAGAACGCUGGCAUCCACAAUGAUCAUCGUGUUUCAUCGUCCGGCCGAGAGCCUCUAAAAUGAAUCAGACAGAUCCGUAAAUCCGCUGUAAACCUCCGUGUUAAUCGCUGAGUUUCUGUGUGUGGGAGUUCACCGGCGUCGAGGCGAGUCCUGUGGAAAACAGCAGAUCUGUCCCCUGCCUCUCUUCCUCUUCUCCUCUGUUUACUGGAAAGCUCUUCUUCUCUCCUGGCUGCUGAAAAGCCCAUUUUUCCAGCUGUGGUGCCAGAAAAGGAAGCUGAGAAAGCCAGUGUCAGAACUAGCUGGAUUCAAUGUGAGACUCAGCACCUGCUCCACCAGAAGGAUUUGAAAUUAAAGAUAACUCAAGGGAGCCAGACCGGGAGGAGCAGCCUGAAGACAACAUGCCCCCGAAGUUUAAACGACACCUCAACGAUGAUGAGGUCACGGGAUCCAUUCGCAGCGAGAGGAGGAACUUGCUAGAGGAGGACUCUGAUGAGGAGGAAGACUUUUUUCUGAGAGGGCCAACAGGACCCAGGUUUGGGCCUCAGAAUGACAAAAUCAAGCAGGUGCAGUCGCAGGUCGAUGAGGUGAUCGAUGUGAUGCAAGAGAACAUCUCCAAGGUGAUAGAGAGGGGCGAGCGGCUCGAUGACCUGCAGGACAAGUCAGAGAGCCUAUCAGACAACGCGUCUGCUUUCAGCAGCCGAGCCAAACAGCUGCACAGGAGGAUGUGGUGGAGAGAUAUGAAGAUGAAGAUGAUUAUUGCAUUGGUGGUUGUUGCUCUCCUGCUGAUUAUCAUCAUUCCAGUGAUCCUUCGAUAUCGCUAGUGACUGAGGAGGAGGAUGGGGGGGGAUAAAACCUUCCUCUUUCUCUUCCUCCUCCUAUGUACCCCCGCACACAGUCCUCCACUCCAGCUAGGGGGCAGCAGCCAGCUUCCCACACCCUCUUCCAAUGUCAGCCGGUAUACCCUCAAGGAUCUGGUCUCAACUUGUCCCUUAGUACGGAUCUUAUCACUGUACUCUCACAUAAAUCUACAGUGAGGUCGGUACUAAGGUUUGGUUUGAUCCCUGCCUUGAAACUAAGCUCUAGAAAUGGGACACAUGGGGAAAAAUUGGGGAGAUAUUCCACCAGUGCUGUUUGGGAGAAACCUCUCAGCCUUCUAGUCAAUGUGAAGGAGUGCUCCAUUCCAUGAUACAUAUCACGUGCGGGGCUGGACAACAAGUCCCACAUGUUACAUCAUAUAGAUCGAUAUUAUAAAGGCAGAGAAUCGAUGCCAACCAUCUCUUAGUUUAGCCAGUCUGUUUCUGCUGCAGCAGUCUUAUAUAAAGGGGCUGUAACUUCCAGCAGAUGAACCUCUGAUAUCUGCUCACAAUUUCCUUGUCUUCUUACUUACUGAGACUUGGGACAAUGAGAAUGUUUAAAGGGAAUGCUUGGUGAAUGAAAGCACAUUUUUCUGCCCAACACAAAGUGGGAGAACAUCUGAGGUUUAUCUGUGGAGUCUAAAGCUGGUUUUUGGGUUGUUUUUUUUUGUUUUCUUUUCCAAUCUUUUAAGUGGCUUUGACAGAAAACUGCUUUCACUUUUCAGGUAUCUUUCCUUGUUCGCACAGAAAAAAGGGACUAGAAAGAAACUACAUGUAUUCGUACAAGAACCUGCUCUGCUCUUGUUAUAGUGUACAGAAGAACCAUGUAAAACCAAAACACCAAGGUUAUGAAUGUCUCCUUGCUAUUCUGUUCUCAGAUGCUGAGCUCUGAGCCCGUUUGGUCACGGCUGUCAAAUUUUUUCCUGCUUGUGGCAUUACAUCGUGUCUCACUCUGCAGAUGGUUCUGUUUGGUUUAUAUGCUGCUUCUGUCUCUUUUUUUUUCCUCCACUGUUUUCAAGUUCUUAUUCGCUCAAGUGUUUAACUGCUGGUGUUCCCAUUGCCACUGAAGGAACAGUUUAUCACUGUACGGUUUUAAGGAGGGGUGAUUUAUGUGGCUGAGCUGUGAAACAAGGAUAGGUGUAACUGUGUCUGGAUUAACUCGAGAUGUUCUUUUUUUCAUAUUUAUUUUGGCUGUAAAUAUUGAUUCUGUAAUGAUGUAUAAUACUCUGGCAUUGCAUUGGAAGACUGUGAUCCUUUUUUGCUCUGAAAUAAAGUGAUUUUAAAGGGCA